CCUCCCUGCCAGGAGCAGCCUCAUGCGGACCGAGCCGCUGCGCGGGGCGUCCCCUCUGCUGGUGCCCGGCGACCCCUACUCCGUGGUGGUUCUGCUGCAGGGCUACGCGGAGCCCGAGGGGGUGGACGACGCCGUGCGCGCCGACGGCUCCGUGACCCUUGUCCUGCCCCAGACCUGGGGUCCGGCAUCCAGCCAUGGAGAGUCCCCGCGCGGGGGUGGCGGCGCGGAGGCCGCCCUGGAGGAGGCGGCCCGUGGCCCCAUCCUGGUGGACACAGGGGGCCCCUGGGCUCGGGAGGCGCUACUGGGGGCGCUGGCGGGGCAGGGCGUGGCCCCGGAAGACGUGACACUGGUGGUGGGGACCCACGGGCACUCGGAUCACAUCGGGAAUUUGGGGCUGUUCCCAGGCGCGGCUCUGCUGGUCUCGCACGAUUUCUGCCUCCCUGGAGGCCGCUACCUGCCCCACGGGCUUGGUGAGGGGCGGCCCUUGCGCCUGGGCCCGGGGCUCGAGGUGUGGGCCACGCCGGGCCACGGGGGCCAUCGCGACGUGAGCGUGGUGGUGGCUGGCACGGCUCUGGGCACCGUGGUGGUGGCAGGGGAUGUGUUUGAGCGAGAUGGGGACGAGGAUUCGUGGCAGGCGCUGAGUGAAGACCCCGCAGCCCAGGAGCGGAGCCGGAAGAGGGUCCUGGUCGCUGCUGACGUGGUCGUACCUGGUCACGGGCCCCCCUUUCGAGUGCUCAGGGAAGCCUCCCAGCCCGAGACUGAGGGUGAAGGAAACAGCCAGCAGGAGCCAGUGGUCGGAGACGAGGAACCCUCUCUGCACUGAUCAGCGCCGAGAGAGACUGGCUUCUUGACGGGGAAGCCCUUCAGCGAGGAGCUGCUGGAGACAGAGGACGCGGUCGGCCAGUCAGAGCAGUCAAGGGUGGUAGCUUCCAGCCCUUCCAAGAGGCCAGGUUUCUAGUGAGGACAGAGUGCACUUGACACUGCCAUCACGUCGUCAAAGACACUACCUGUCUCUGCAACCAAACUAAGAUCAAAGGACGGGCUCAGCCCCUGUGCAUCCUCCCUGGGCCUCAGUAAAAUGGGAGAGGGUUCCUCCAAAGGGCCUCCAAAAUAAAAAUGGAAACUGCAU